UCAAUUAACCAAACAUUUAAUAAAAUAAAUUAUAUAUGUAUAUAUGUAAAAUUGUUUAUUUUGCUAUUUUAUUAUUUAUAAUAAAUCAAUGAAUCGAUUAUUUAGUAUAUUUUAUUGAAUAGAUAAGUUGGAAAAUACGUUUUAAAAUGAUCAUCAAUAUAUUUUAUGAAAACCAAUUUUCGGGUUAAGAAGAAUAGCAAAAUUACUGCAACAACUCUUACAGGACUCGCGUUGAUAAUGUAAACGCUCGGUGGGCCCGCUCGAAUGAUGGCUUUCUAUUGUGUACCCUGUGGUCGCUGUAAUGUAAUGUGUGGGGCCACAUUUGAAAAGUACGUUUGGUGCUUCCUCGCUCGCUCACGUGUGCACUUUGAGGGUCACGCAGCAAACCUCCCAAAGUUGCACGAAAACAAUGUUUCCUUUCAUCUCGCAACCAGGCUUCCACAGCUCAAAUCGCAUUCAUUUCAACCUCCUUUAUCGUUAUCUUUAUAUAUAUAUAUAUAUAUAUAUAUAAUAUUUGGUUCAUUUGGGUUUACUCGUGUGUAGAUGUGAACAAAAGGCAGCGCUGUUAUUGCUGUUGAGAGCCCGCCACUACCUGUUCUUGUCAAUGAGCCGCAUUGUCUGCACCUUUUUUUUUUUUUUUUUUUUUUUUUUCCCCCCUCCUUUUCUUUUUCUUAAUUAAAGACUCCCAGUCUGCUCUCUUGUGACCUGAAGUGCUCCACACUGCAUGUGAAGUGAGGGAAGGGGAAACGCGAUCCUGCCGUACUAUCCGGCGAUGGAGGAAGGAUUAUUAGACAGGAAUAAUGCGCCCUAACAUUCCCGCUUGAGUGACUUGAUUUUUUUUCUUUUUCUUUUUUCUACCCUUGCAUGAAAUCGUGACGCCGUUCAUCCCGAGUGGCCUGAGCAGAGUGGAGAUGGAGCUUUUGGGGACAACUUCAACUUUCUUGUUCGUGCUGCAACUGCUUUCUGUCAACGGUGUUGCCAAACCCAAAACAACAGUGUCCUGGUGCGUCGUAUCAGAUGCGGAGGAGCGGAAGUGCUCGGACCUGGCCGGGAACGCCACGGCUCGGAAUAUCCGAGGGGCUUUGCGGUGCGUCCGAGGCCUGAACGCCAGAGACUGCGUGGAGAAAAUUCAAAACGGGAGCGCAGACGCGGCUUCCAUGUUUGCGGAUGACAUCUACGCCGCGGGCCUGUGUCACGGCUUGGAGGUGGCGGCAGGGGAGUCGCUCAAUGGAGUGGACGGCGUGAGCUAUUACGUGGUGGCGUUGGCUCGCCGCUCGUCGUCCGACUUGUCCCUGCUGGAGAUGCACGAACGCAGCUCGUGCCACCCGGGCAUGCGCACCACGGUGGGCUGGACCGUGCCCGUCGGCUACCUGCUCAACACCUCGCAGAUCAGCGUGGGCAACCAGUGCAACUUCCCCCGCGCGGUGGGGAACUUGUUCGGCUACAGCUGCGUGCCCGGCGUCAAGGACCCCCAGCAUGACCCCCGGGGCAACAACCCCAAGAACCUGUGCGAGGCCUGCAUUGGCGACGACAACGACCGACACAUCUGCGCCAGCAACCCCCGAGAGAGACACUACGGCGAGGCGGGGGCCCUCAGGUGCGUGGCGGAGAACCUCGGCGACGUGGCUUUUGUCAAACACACCACCGUCUUUGACAAUUUGGAUGGCAGGAACCAGGAGUCGUGGGCUCUGGACGUGGAAGCGGAGGACCUGAAGCUGCUCUGUCCCGACGGCACCGAGGCCGACCUGGACGACUUCCGGCUGUGCCACUUGGCGGCCGUGCCCGCCAAUGGUGUGGUGGUACGCCAACAUGACAAGUGCCGCAUCUGGAAGUUCUUGGAGCGACUGCAGAAUGUGUUUGGUAACUCUACGGACGGUUUGAGCAUGUUCAGCUCUGCUGGCUACUCUGACUCGGACGUGCUGUUCACUGACUCCACCCACCGCCUGCUGAGGGUCCUGGGGGGCUUCACGUCCUGGCUGGGCCCCUCCUACACUAGCGCCCUGCAAGCCUUCGAGUGUGAAGUUGUUCCAUUUUUGUCCAACAGGAUUCUGUUGAUGAAAGGAGGAAGACAUCUUCCCUCCUCUUCCUCCUCCUGACAUCCAUUUAGGCCUUCUGCUUCCUUGUGUUGUUAUUUUCAGUUGUCAAACGAUGACAACAAUGCAACUUGAUACAUUUGAUAAAUCUUUUUUUUUUUUUAAUAAGGAAAAAGUGUCUCCUAUAAUUCCGACUCUUUUGAUCUCUUAAGAAUUCCUUGUAAAAUGAAUCUUAAUCUUAUUAGAAACAUUUGAUUUUCCAACAUUUUGUCAGGUUCCGUGGCUGUCACAAAAAUUCCUAAUCUAAAAAUAACUUUUUGGCCCGCCCACACCCACACAUGACAACUACAAACUUUAAAUAUUUCAGAAAUGCAACUUUUUUAUUACAUAAAAUUUGGAGAUUACAAAUAUUUAUAGAUUUCAAAAUUUUGAAUGGAAAAAUAUCAAAUACUUCUGUAUUGGAACAGAAAUAUUUUUGACAAACUUUGGAUUGAAAAUGUUUUUUUUUUUUUUUCCAUACAAAUAAACAUUUGAAAAGUAAAUAAAAUAUUUUGCAAUG